AUAAUCCGAGAAGACGGUUCGCUGCUUGGGUUUACAAGAGUUAGACUUGUUGCUGAAAUAUUGCCAGUCACUCUUGCCCCGGCUUCAUCCUGACUCAACACGUCCUCUGUACCCUCCAAGAGUCGACGUCGCCAUCCAUGAGCCGCGCCUGAGAGACCCGGUUCCAACUCCACUCUUUCGAGCCCUCCCUGCUGUGGAGCCCGCUUCGCUUAGGCCAAGGUCAGUGCGUGGAAAAUGCCAUACACGCCUCCGUCCAACCGGUCACCGGCUUCAACGGGUCCUUCGUCCCCUGAAGGAAGCCGGCGACCGUCAUUCAAUCAACCACAAAGCGCCAGCCCGCGACCCGUCCUCCCGCGAUCAGCAUCGUAUCUCACGAGGCAUCGAAGGACGCCGUCGGCCACGCCACCCCAUGAGAGCCCACUCUCACCCGAGGCAACAUCAGAAGAUUUGAAGAGCAUGAUGGCAGGGAGUGUGCGCCAGUCACCGCCCCCAAUUACCGGCGACCGUCGGAUGCCUAACGGCGCAAUCAUGUCGCCCCCCGACUCGGCUAGUGACGACGACGACUUGCCCGCGGUUCGCGGUCGGCAGAUUGAGAAUCUGAAGGAGCUUCACGACGCUCUCAGCCAGAUUCCCCACCAGAGGGCACGUCUUCCCUCAAAUACCACCAAGGACGGACCCGACGCUGGCGAUCUGCUGGUCUUGCCGGAUCAAGCUGGUGCCCUCACUGGGGGUAUACAUCACAGUUUCAGCACGAGCUCGCUUGGUGACAUCCACACAGGGGCAAACCGGCGAUUUACCCAUGCGAGGUCGGCUACCGAGCCGCACAUUCUGAUCAGCCGGUCGACCUCGGGAUCUGAGGAGGAUUCCGAUGGAGAGAGGCGGGAAAAGCCCCAGAUGGUGCGCAAGAAGUCUGGCGAACUCGUUCGGCCCGCCCUGCGUCCCGCGACCCGUAGGAGACCGUCUAGUGUGCCUGGUACCCCGACCUUCUCCAAGGCGGUACACUUUGACUCCCACCUCGAACACGUCAGGCAUUUCCUUCAAGUCGACCGGCCGCUCGCGGUCAGUGCGGGCUCAUCGCCUGUUGAUAACUACGAUAGCGAUACCGAGUAUCCGUUCAAGGGAGAUGAGCGGGCGACGGCGCGCACCCCUCCGUUCGAGUGGGAGAUCACCAUGACCAACUUCCCCGUUGAGACGCCAGUGCGCAAGGCACAGUCAGUACGUUUGGAGCGUGUUUGGCUCUCGGUUGAUCAAAAGUCGCUUAUCGGGUCGGUCGCCGUGGCCAAUUUUGCGUUCCACAAGGUGAUUGCCUGCCGAUUCACACUCGACUAUUGGAAGACGACUUCCGAGGUGCUCGCCGAGUACGUCUGCGAGAUUCGCCCUGUUGAUACGCCUCACAGCCAGGACAGAUUCAAUUUCACCAUCAAGUUGUCCGACCUGGCCAAUCUGGAGUCCAAGACGCUGUUCUUCUGCGUCCGGUACAACGUAAACGGCCAGGAGUACUGGGACAACAACAACGGCACAAACUUCCAGGUCGACUUUCGCAAGAAGAUGCUGCCACAGAACGGCAAGAAGGGUGUUAUUGGCGCAGCUUCCCGCCCGCUCCACGGGCUACCUAAGAGCAAUCGCCGUCCUGGCCAGAAGACGAAACCGGCCGCUCCAGCUCCUGACGAGUUCGGGGACAACCAAAAGGUCAACUUUUCCAAGUCGAUACACGACUACCUGGGGGAGUCGGUGCCCACAGGUCUCAGGUUGAAGGGCGUAAAGAGCGCCGGCGACCUCCCCAGUGAUAACCUGUCAAACGGGCUGUCGGGGCCUAGCGGCCAGUUCUCCCUUCGGUACGAUUUUGGCAACUCGCUCAGCAAAGCCAUCCAGAACGCCAAGAACGAAAUGGCCGGAAAGCCAGACGGGUUGUACAUGAAAUCCAGAAAGAAGGCGGAGAAUCCGGCUCUGGCCAAGACCGACAGCAUGACUGGCCAGGUGUCCCCCGUGAAGGUCGACUCCGCCGUUACUAAACCAUCCACCGGUUCCCCGACCGCCAAUUCUCCCAAUGCCGGCAUCUCAUCCGCUUCGUAUCACGAAAUUGUCAACAAAUGGUGCUUUUACGGUUCUAAGCCGAAAAGCGCUCAGCUUAAACAGGCCCCAACCAGGGGCGGCCGCUUUGAAGGAUCCGACGACAGUGCGAGCAGCACGGCAAGCUACGAGGGCAGCCCGGUCCAGAUGAGCAACUACUACUACUCGCAUAGCGGUACUCAAUAUCAUUCGCUGCUUCCGCCCGACCAUAAUCCGUACUUCCCACGCGUGCCGAUCCUACGGGCCAUGGGGGAGUCGCCCGCCGAGACGCCUCUCGAGCGAACGGGGAGCUCUACAUCAAACCCUACGCCAGCUCGGGUCGACGUUCAGCCUGCUCAGCCGCACACCGAUGCAAGGGAUUUCGCCUCACUUGCCGGUACGUCGCCGGACGCAUAUCUAUAUCAGCACACGCCUGAUCGUUUCCCCUUUUCUGGGCCCGAGACUUAUUCUUCGGCGCCCAUUAGGGGUUGACUCUUCAGCACCAUCGACUCGUCCGGACGACGUGGGUGGUACAUCGACAGAUGGGGAGUGCCAGCUCGCCCUCUUUAGUACAUCUAGC